AUGUCUCCCUACUCUGUCACCCUCAAUCCCGACUACUCAUGGCCCGAGCCACUGAGCGAGCUUCCGCUCAAGAUCCAUCCCUCAAUGGCUGGCAAACUCGACCCGGAGUACGUGAAGUUCUUUGAGGAAGAACUGUGCAACAGACCAGACAUUCUGGAGACACACAAGUUUCCGCUUGCAAAAACCAAGGCUGGUGGAAAUGUGAUCCCUGGACAGGCUCCGCCAAAAGAGAUGGCACAGAUCUACGACAUUCAGAUUCCUAGAAAACACACCUCGGCCGAGAAACCGAUUCCCGCCAGGGUUUUCGUCCCCCAGGGCACUGCGCCCGCCGCGGGCUGGCCGUGCACCGUGUGGUACCACGGAGGCGGCUGGGUUCUUGGCGGCAUCGACACGGAAAACUCAUACUGCACGCAUUUGGCCGACAACGCCCGCUGUCUCGUCAUCACCGUCGACUACAGACUGGCUCCCGAGUUCCCGUUCCCUGCCUGUGUCGAGGACGCGUUUGAGGCCCUAUUGUACGUCAUGGACACCAAAGACCUUCCUAUAGAUAACACUAAAGUCUGUGUUGCUGGAUCGUCCGCUGGCGGCAACCUGGCUGCCAUCAUGACGCACAAAUACGCCAGCUCUCCUCUGAGCAAAAAGUACCCGCCCCUGAAAUUCCAAAUGCUGGUUGUUCCCGUGACAGACAACUCCGCGACGGGAGAGACACAACCGUCUUGGAGAGAAAAUGAACACACUCCGCAGCUGCCUGCUGCCAAAAUGCUGUGGUACCGUCAGUUAUAUCUGCCUCUUGCCGGAGAGACUCUGACGACUCCAGAGUCCAGUCCGUUGUUCUAUCCGGAUGAGAGCUUCAAGAACGUUCCGUCGGCAUUUAUUGCGGCUGCCGAGUGUGAUGUGCUACGCUCUGAGGCCGAGGCAUAUAACGAGAAGCUGGUCAAGAACGGUAUUGACAGCCACAUAACCAUCUACAAAGGAGUGCCACACACGGCCAUGGUGAUGAAUGCGCGCCUGAAGCAGGGCGCAGACCUGGUGAGGGAUACGACAGGGGCGAUCAAGAAUGCGUUCUAUGGGAAUUAA